GAAAAACUCUCAGACUGUGAGCUGAGUGUAAGACAGCAGCUCACACAGCUGGACUUAAACCCACCAGCAGCUGGCCAGGUCAGUCUCAGCAGCCAGUAGAGAAGGAGGGAAGGAUGGAGAAUGAAACAGGGGACAAGAUGGCCAGCGCCGGUCCACUGACACAGGAACAGCUCGCUGCCAUACAGGAUGAACAAGUGCUGAACGACAUGCUGGACAAAGCUGUGGAUUUUGAGGAAAGAAGAAUGAUUCGUGCUGCCAUGAGGGAGCUGCUGAAGAAAAAGCGGGAGCAGCGGGACCGUGAGCGGGCAGAGCGUCAGCAGGACCUGCGUCAGCGGGGUGUGUGUGCUGGACGCAACCCAGCCGGACAGAGCACAGGCCAGAAACCAGCAAAUGGACCAGGCAGCACCCAGCAACACACGCACAGAGCAGCUCAGGCAAAGUCUCCCAAUCCAUCAUCAGCAAGUUCCUCCCCUAAAGUCCCUGCCAGCCCGGCUCGUCCCCCAGCUGUUGGUGUCAAAGUUCACCGCAGCUCUGCGCUUGGCGGUCCAAACACCAAAGACGUCAAACAGAUGCUGCUAGACUGGUGCAGAGCCAAGACCGAACCAUACGAGGGAGUGGACAUCCAGAAUUUUUCCUCCAGUUGGGCCGAUGGUCUGGCGUUCUGUGCUCUGGUGCACAGGUUUUUUCCUGAAGGUUUUGAUUACUGCACACUGGACCCAUACGACCGCAGGGCAAACUUUGAGAAGGCAUUCAAAACCGCAGAACGGCUGGCUGACUGUUCUCCUCUUCUGGAUGUUGACGAUUUGAUGCGGAUGAGGGAGCCGGAUUGGAAGUGUGUGUACACCUACAUACAGGAGUUCUACCGCUGUCUGGUGGAGAAAGGCCUUGUCAAGACCAAAAAGAAGACCCCCUAACAACCAAGCACACACACACACGGUCCGAAAGCAGCUGAGGUCUGAAUGAGAAGUGACGAUGGAUUGCUACAGGAGAGCUGCAGGCCAGCACACAUACACGCUUCCUCAGGGACAGAGAGACGGCUCCAUCAGUUCUGUAUGGGAAUUAAAGGGGAAUUCCACAGAAUGUUCUAAAUUUCUAUAUACUUAAAAGGUUGAGAUGUGAACUCAUUCAGAGUGGUGUAAAAUGGUUGAGUGUAGAGACUCAGAUUUCUUUAAAGUGGUGGUGAUAGGAACCAGGGGUCACCAUGACUACAAC